CGAGUUUUAUUUCGCUCGUUUACCCACCAGCCGGAUCGUACCCUCGCAUCCUCCGCUGUUUUCCGCCAGCCGGCAAAGGCGACACAGCCACCGUUGCAUCGCCCUACUACGCAUCUUCGUCGCCGAUUCGAUGCAAAAAGUCAAAACCCUCGAUUCCAUCUUAACUUCUUAAUACACGAUGUCGGCACCCGAUCAAGCAGCCGUCGCAGUCCUAUCUCAAGUAGCCCUAGCCGCCGAUGGCGCAGUACUUGGUUUAGCCUUAGCGUACAUUGCAGUCCGCAGCCUCCUCAAGUUCAAGACGACCUCAUCUGCCUUGAACAAAGUCAAGAAGGCACCCUCUGUCAGCGUCUCCGAUCUCCGUUCUGUCCUCUCUCAGCCUUCCGAUCAAGAGUCAGAUACGACUACUUUCAGUGAUGAGAAGAUCGUCAUCGUUCGAGGAGUUGUUGAGACGAAAUCCGUCGUCAACGGCAAUUGGAAGAAACAAAACGUUUUGGUCUCUCAUGAGUCUAACGAGAAAGCGGUUAUCUUGCAGAGGACGCAAACGUGUAUAUACAACGAAUGGAGGGGAUUUUUUGGAUGGACUUCAGAUUUUCGCUCCUUGUUUGCAAGACACUGGAAAGAGCAAGAGUCUUCAUCAAUAAGAACGGUUCCUUUUAUCCUUGUUGAUGGAGGAAAGUGGCCACAAUCUGAUUAUUUAACAGUAAACUUGGAUGGGUCAAACCAUCCUUUACCUCUUACAACUGUAUACCACAAUCUGCAGCCUAUAAAUGCUUCUCCUUAUACUUUCCUUCAGGCAUUUUUCGGUCAUGAGUACCCUGUUGGACUUCUUGAUGAGGAGAAAAUUUUACCCGUUGGAAAGGAAAUCACUGCAGUUGGUCUUGCCAGUUUGAAAAAUGGAGUUCCCGAAGUGAUGGCAUGCAAGGAUCUACCUUUUUUCCUAUCAAAUUUGAGUAAAGAUCAGAUGGUGGAUGAACUUGACUUUAGGACAAAAGUUUUGUUGUGGAGUGGAGUUGUGAUUGGUUCAGUGGCAACUGGCAUCCUUGGAUAUGCUGUGAUAAGGAAUUGGAAAAAAUGGAAAGAGUGGAAGCAACGGAGGCAGAUUGAACAACAAAAUGCUGCAGAUGAAAUGAGGGAGGCGGAAGGUGGUGUUACAGCAGGGGAAGAGAGCGGUGAUGUUCCGGAGGGGCAGUUGUGUGUGAUCUGUUUGAUGAGGCAAAGACGGUCUGCGUUUGUUCCAUGUGGUCAUUUGGUCUGUUGUCCGCGGUGUGCUCUCUCGGUUGAGAGGGAGUUGUCCCCCAAAUGCCCCGUUUGUAGGCAGACUAUUCGUAGUUCAGUGAGGAUAUAUGAUUCUUGAGGUACAAAUAAAAAUGGGUUUUGGUUGGGAGAUUAGAGGUUGCUACUACUUAUUGGUAUAAUAUAAUCUAAUGAAAAAAGAAUGUAGAUAUAUGAAUGUAACGCUGAUGAUGUUUGUGGUCUUAUAAGUAUCAUGCAAUUGCUAUCCUUAAUCUCUAUGCAACGGA